AUGCGUGAAAUAGUGCACAUACAAGUAGGACAAUGUGGAAAUCAAAUCGGAGCUAAGUUUUGGGAAGUGAUAAACGACGAGCACGGAAUAGAUGCGACGGGUCAUAAAUUUGUCCCACGAGCAAUACUGAUUGAUCCAGAUCCAAUUAGCAUAAAUUUAACGGAAUUAAACUCGGUGAGCCGUUUAUUUAAUCCGGAAAAUGUGAUUACCGGUGAAUCUGGAGCAUCAAACAAUUGGGCGGCGGGUUACUAUACCGAAGGAUCGCUAUUAAUAAAUCGAGCCUUGGAAGCAAUUCGACGAGAAGCUGAGUCCUGUGACCUAAUCCAAGGUAAUCGACUCAAGAUUGCUUGA